UCAUAGGUAUUUAUUUCUCCGCUUGUUUCUUUCGUUCCGCGGAGCGCGCGGCGGCUCCUCCGUUGGGCUCGCUGAGGAAACGGACGAACGGCCGCGCGCUCCGGCGGCUCGGCAGCGGCAGCGGCAGCGGCAGCGGCAGCAGCAGCGCCUCUCUCGAUCGGUUUUCCGCUCGACUUUCCGCUCGCUCUCCGUUCCCUUCUCCCUCUCACACUCACUCUACUGCCGUCCCGUGACGUGCCGUGCCGUCCCUCUCAGCCUCUCCCAGCCCGGCUUAUGCCGCGUCCCGCAAGGCGCCCGUGGGCGAGUCGGCCCCCGGCCCGCCCCUGUCGGGCCCGCCUCGGUCCCACCUCCGCCAGGUUCUCUCCGCACUGCUUGUGGCGCCUCUGGAAGAGUUUCUGGAAGAGUUCCUCCCUCUGGUGGUGGGGGAGCGGCACCGUCUUUUGGCUCCGCCUGGUGCGGGCCCUGGCCCAGCCCCGAACGAGGCCCCUGCCAGAGCCGCCCCGCUGCCGCCCGGCUCCCGCCCCGUCGCCGGCAGCGUCCCCGAGCCGAGCCCGGCCGCUCGUCAGCUGGGCCGCCGGCCCCGAGUCGCCGGAGCCCGGAGCGGCUCGGGAAGCAGCAGUGCCCGGGGCGGUCGGGUGCUCCGGGCAGAAUAUCGAGAGCGCGGUGCCGCCCGGACGGGCGGAGAAGCCUCCCCUGGAGCAGCUCUACCGGCAGGGCUCGCUGCUGGGGAGCGGCGGCUGCGGCAGCGUUUACUCCGGGACCCGGCUCGCCGACGGCGCCCCGGUGGCCAUCAAGCGAGUGUCCCGGGAUCGCAUCUCGGAGUGGGCGCGGCUGCACGACGGCGCCCUUGUGCCCCUGGAGCUGGCGCUGCUCUGGAUGGUGUCGUGCCCUGGCUUCCGCGGCGUCGUGCGGCUCCUGGACUGGUUCCAGCUGCCCGACGGCUUCGCGCUGGUCAUGGAGCGUCCGGAGCGCUUUCAGGACCUGUGGUACUUCCUGGACGAGCGGGGGUUCCUGACGGAGCCCGUGGCGCGGGGGCUGUUCUGCCAGGUGCUGGAGGCCGUGCGGCACUGCACCGCCGCGGUGUCCUGCACCAGCCGCGGUGUCCUGCACCGCGACAUCAAGGCCGAGAACAUCGUCCUUGACCUGGCCACCGGCGAGGCGAAGCUCAUCGACUUCGGGUGCGGCACGAUCCUCCGGGACACUUUGUACACCCGAAUGUCAGGAACACUAGAAUACAGCCCACCGGAAUGGAUCCUCUUCGGCUGCUACCGUGGCCAGCCAGCCACCAUCUGGUCCCUGGGUAUCCUGCUCUACGACCUGGUCUGCGGGCACCUUCCUUUCCACACCAAUGAGGACAUAAUCCGGGGCCAGCUCUUCUUCCCGCCCCGGGUGUCUCAAGGGUGCCAGCACCUUAUCAGGUGGUGUUUAUCCAUGGAUCCCGCAGACAGGCCAUCCUUGGAAAAUCUUCUUGAGCAUUCUUGGCUGCAGGACCCCCACCUGGCCCAGAAGACAGCAGAGAUCCAUCCCUCUACACAGUGGGGGGAUCCAGGAGCCCAGCAAGUACCAGCUGCACGUGUCUCACGGCGCUCCAAGAAAAUCCCAGAGCGUUUCCCUGCAGCCGUGGAACAGAGGAGAGAGCACAGACAAGAUGCUUCUGCUGGUCCCCAGCGAGCUGUGGAGGGAGCGGCUCAGUGCUCCCUGUCCUGUUGGAGAAGUCGUGACAGUGCAGUGAAAUUGCCACGGACUGGAGAAGGGGAAACAUCCCCCUGCAGCUCAAUGGCAUCGUGAUGUCCCCGCGAGCCGAGGUGUGGCUGGCGUGUUCUUCUGGAGCACAGCACGGAGCUGGAGAACACCAUCCUCGAGCUGCCCACUGAUUGGGCAGAGCCGAUUGGCUUUGCUUGCAGCCCCUUCCUGGAGGACACGCUCUGCACCCAGAUGAAAUCAAGAUGAGUCCCCAGCUGGCAGAGGGGCAGGGGAUGCUCGUGCUUCCAGGCAUGGCAGGGCUUGGUCUGGCCACAUGCCGGAGGUUCCCCGCUCAGCGGUGGUGGGGAAUAUUAAUAUUUCCUCUGGCUGCCAAGCUGCUUUUUAGCAGGGGACAGAUUUGUGUAAGGGGAGCCGGCUCCUGGCUUUGCAAACAGCUUCGGCAAGCCAGCCUGGCACCGGCUGGGGUGGGGGCAACCAGCCUGACAAAAGAAUCCAUCCAUGUGCAUGGGAGGGCAGCAGAGGGGGACAGGUUCCGAAGCCAUGCCCCAGCUGCUCUGCUUUGGAAGCCUUUGAGGAAGGGGUGUUUUUGUGGGUGGGAGAGGUGGGGAUUUUCCCCACCCAUGGAGAGGUUUAAUUCUCACAUGGAGUAGUCUCACCCUCCCCUGGCCUGUGACACAUCGAUAACCUUUGAUGCUUUUCCUUGUUUCUAGGUCUUGUUUUGAAUUGCCUUUCAUGCAAUUGUUCUUUGUUUUUUCCAGAAGGAUUGCACUGGUCCCUGGACUGGAUGGAGAAGUGCUGGCACCGUCUGUGGACUGUGUCCAGUGUCUGCGCUAGCCCUGGAGACCACAGUCUGCAGGGACAUCUCCUUCAAGAAGGAUGAGAACCUCCUGUGGGAUCAGCUCCUCUCCUGGCAGCAGGUCUCCAGAGGCUACCAGCACUUCAUGCCAUGGAAACGGCACCGCUCGGCCUGCCAGCCUAGGAGUGCUGGAGGGCAGCAGGUGUUCAUUUGCUGUCAAAAAUUAAUUGCUUUGUUUUUGUUGUCAUCAUUGGAGCAUUUAUUUCAUUUUUUCCAAGCUUUUGGUUCCCUUCCUCCAGGGUCAGCCUUCUGAGUCCUUCCUCAGCCGUUUAAUGGCAUUUGGCAGGGGGGUUAAGUAACAUGAAAAAAUCAACAAUAGCUCUUGUUGCCAACUGCAGCAUCCCUUCAAGAAUCCAGACCUGCCAGUCAGGCCCACAAGUGACUUGGAAUGGGAAAUGGUUUGCGUGGACAAAGUUGUCACCCUGCUGCAAAAGCUGGAACGAAAUCAGAAGUGGCAAAAUGCCAUUUCAGCUCAGCUCCCACCCAGUCUUCUAUCUUUCUCCUCACUCCAAGAUAGGCAGGUAGGGCUGGACUUCAGCAAGGUUCAAGUUCUUUGUGCUCCCUGGCAUCAAAUGGAUCAAGUAAACUCUCGUAUGCAGUGAAUACAAUAUGACUACUAAAGGAAAAAAGGAAGUAUUGGGAGAUGGCACAUCCUUGUCUCCUUUGUCUCCCCAUGAGCCCCUCAGAAAGAUAAAUGCCUAUACAGGCCUUCUCUGACUCCUUCCCUGCCAGCCCUUCCCUCACUCCAGGGUCUCAUUUGCUCUGUAGGCUUCACUGCCCCUCUAAACUCAGAGGAGCUCUGGUAGGAGAAAAUGCUGCCUGGCAUAGGCAUGUUUGACCCCUGUCUCCUCUUGAUUCCAUUACCCUCUCCCCCCAAUCAAAAAGACAAGAGAUCCCCCACAACUCCACGGUACUGCACCAGAUCCUGGGCCUGUUCCCUUCCCUGGUCCUUGGUGGCCUUGGUGAGGCUCCUGAGCUCUCCCUGUGUGCGGAACAGCUGCUGCAGCAGCGCUGCACCCAAGGAGCAGCUGUUCGAGUUCAGAGUCUGAAGCAGAAUCCCCAGUGCACACAAAUGAGAACUGGGAUUUCAGUGGCUGGCAGGAGAAGCUAAAUUCAUCUGCUUGCUGCCCUUUCUAGCCAUGGCGACGCUGAUGGAAUCGGAAGAAUUGCCCCUGCCCAGGCAGAUCUCAGGUAGAAGAUAGGAGCAAAAGCAACACGUUUCUGAGGUGCUAGCUGCUUUUCCUUCCAAUUUCUGGAGGGUUUUGCUAUUUGUACCAUUUCAACAAUUUCUGUGCGUCCCUGUGAGCAAGUAAACACCACAAAGCCUCCCUCUCAAAGCCCUGAGGUUCUUGUUCAUGCUCUGUUCAGGCAGAACUUGUUCAUGCUCUUUUCUCCUGGUAAUUUUAUAAUCUCAUCCAGACUCUGAAAGCAAACCGAUGCUGUAGACAAAAGAUUGACCUUGGAAUCAUAGGGCACUUU